GUCUUAUUUAUCCACAGGGCUAGCCAGGCCUAACGAUGACUGUUGUUCAUUGCACCGUGGUGUCGUCGUUUUCUUUUAGAAUUACAGAGAAAUCAACAUUUAAGAAGCCAUCUUUUGAAAAACAAAUUAUAUAUAUAAACAUUAAUGUCAUUCAUUAUUAUGAACACAUCACAAACGUAUCAUGUUUAUUUCUUUUUAAAGUUCCAAGUUAUUUAUUUUUCAAGCGUGGGAGUGGGAAUCUAUAAAUAUUGAAUUUAAAUCCUUAAAUUCUCCUUAAAUUUUGAGGCCCAGGCAACGGAUAUGAUCUUACACCGAAAAAAACUUGCUCUACAAUAUGUCGUGCAGCUACAUGGUAUCUUUGGAAAAUUGUAUACUACGUCACCUUUGUUUAUUAAAUAAUUGCUUUCUCAUCAGGGACGUAUCAGUUUUUGUGUUCCGGUCAUAUAUUGAUUUAUGCUACUAGAUUUUGUGUGCGUCACGGACACUAUUAUUAUAAUGACUCGGUUAGUAUAUAAAUAUACUUUUUUACUAGUAAAGCUACCAAAAUAAGAUUUGGUGCUACCCAAUCUACAUUCAUUGUAGGAGUUUUUUCAUUUUUUGAGUGAUUAUCGUUGACCUGUCUAUACAAAGUUAUGCAUCCACGAAGAAGUGGGGGUAUGAAAUUGUCAUUAUUUUUUAUUUUGAUCCAGAAGCCGGAAAUGGCUGCUAUCACUGUGAUUCGUUAAUGUUAAAUCCUUAAACAUCUAAAUAAUGAUAUGACGUUUACAAUGAAUAAUUUUAAGAAAAUAUUAAUUAUAUAGUAACCAAGGCGGGUUGGUUUUCAGUUUUAUUUAUUACGUUAAAAAUUAUGUACGGUACCAGUACACAGUUUAUCGUUCUUCAUUAUUUAUGAAUCAAUGUUUACUAGUUUUACAAUAGUAAUAUCAAUAAGAAUAAUCGUUUUUCUCUUAUUCAUUAUUUCAGAGAAUAUUACUAAAACGAGGCCUGCAUAUCAAUAUCAGUUAUAAUUAUAAACAACUGUUAUUAUAAUCCUAUAAUAGUCUAUUUAGGCCUAAGCUUAAUUUUUCUUAUUCUAAUUCAAUUACUACGACAAUCAACAACCACACUUACUAAUAAUAUAUUUUUUUAGUUAGCCUAUAAUAUAUAGACUAACAGUUUUAUUAAAAUACAUCAAAUUAAUAAACAAGACUCAAACAAAUUCAUCUCAGUAAUUAUAUUUUUAUUAGAACAUAGAAAAGCAGUAGGUCUACAUAGACAAUUAUUUAAUAUAUCAAAUAACAUUUUUUAAUGAAUUAGUCUCAUCAUGGAUGAUUUUGAGUAAUUUUUUAUUUAUAAUUACAUACGUUCAAUUUUAUAUAUAAAAAAAGACUACUUACCUUUUUAUAAAUAUAAUAAUUUUUUUAAAAUUUAACACAAACAUAAUAAAGUUAUUUGAAAUUCAAUAAACGUGUUAUUUUUUUCGUUUUUUCCUAUAUAAAUACUGAUUUUCCCAAUUUUUCUUUUCACUUUUUUUCUGAACACACCCACAAAUACAUAUCUAUAAAAAAUAGAAGUCUUGAUGUUAUAUAAAAGUUUUUUGUUUAUUGUGUUGUAUAUUGCAUUGAGAAUGUCUCCUGAAAAUUUGGUAGCAUUAUCUUUUAAAUUCCAAAAGUUUUGGGCAAAAUAAGGCAGAAAUUUGGAAAGUGGGUCACACGUUUUUUCAGUUAAAAUAGUUAAAUACUAAGAUAAAGAAGGGGGUUUUAAAAAAUCACGGAAAAAAUCACAACUCCACUUCAAUAAAAGAUAGAAAUAUGAAAUUGGUGUUGUUCUAAAGCGUAUAGCUAGCCAUUUAAAAUGAUGUAUCAUUCAUGUCAAUCGGGCAAUAUUUAAAUUGUGUGUCAAAGAAUAUACAUUAUUUAAAUUUAAAGAAUAUUUAUUUAUCUAUGAGUUUUAGCUCCAUAGUUUUUUCUAAUGUAAUAUUUAUAUUUAUGCUGCCCCUAAAACAUAAUAUACUGGUAAAAUGAUGUAUCAUUCAUGUCAAUCGGGCAAUAUUUAAAUUGUGUGUCAAAGAAUAUACAUUUUAUAAAUUUAAAUAAUAUUUAUUUAUCUAUGAGUUUUAGCUCCAUAGUUUUUUCUAAUGUAAUAUUUAUAUUUAUGCUGCCCCUAAAAUAUAAUAUACUGGUAUGUUUGUCCGUAAAUAAAUGAAAAUUUUCAAAUAUAUUUUUAGUAAAUAUUUAUUUUAAGUAGUCUCAAUCUAGUUAUCUGCAAAAUAUUUGUACUCUCUUCUUUCCCUGAAAAAUUUUUACGAUAAUAAAUUUUUGCGUUUCGUUUUCCCCCAAAAAUAUAAAAUUUUGUGUUUCCGUUAUUUUUUAAUAAUUUUUUUUUUACUUUACAUAAUAAGCGUAACUAACUGUACAGCACCCGUACGUAAUUCGUUAUAUUUAUUAAUUAAACAUGACUAGGUGACGAAGCAAAAUGUUAGUUGUUACUUGAGCAUUUAACGGGCAGCAGAAUCAGAAUGACGGUCCUGUCGGAUUUACCGCCAUUGGAUCAAAGAAAGGUUGCUGCUAUUGUUGGUGCAUGUGUAGCGGAUGCUGCAGGUGAAAUAAGUUUUGUAAAUUAUUAUAUUAAAUUAUUACAUAGUACCGGUAUGGCAUAAAUUAAGUCUAUUAUUUACCGUUUAAGUUUACGUUUGAUAUUAAUAUAUUAACUUGAGGAUAUGAAUCAUGAAUGAAUGAGACAGUUGAAGUUGGACUGCAACUGCAAGGCCUGAAAGUGCCACUGCUAAUUAAUAAAUACUCGUUAAUAAUAAGAUUAGUCAAUUAGUAUUAAUUUAUUAAUGAAUGAGAUACAAACAAUAUUCAAAUAGUUUAUUGUAUAUCCUACCUGUAAAACAAAGAUUAGAAGAACUGAAAGAUUAACCAUUCACAAAUUGUUUGUGUCUCUCAUUAAUGAUUAAAAAUUAAUAGAUGUAGAAAUAGGGUAAAAGUAAAAGGUAAAUGACCACUAAAUGUGGCAGCGUGUCAUGGCAACCAAGAUGGCAACUGUAUAAAAAAAAAAAGUAGUGCAAACACACAUCUGCUAAAAUAAUGGGGAGGGGAAAGAGGGACUGUGCUGUUAGCAAUUCAAUAAGUGUUAGUUGUUAGUUAGUGUUAGCAAUAAAACCUUAAAAUUUAACUAAAUAAUCUCAGGCGGUACAUUAAUUUUGUGAUGAACGUAGCAACUUUAUUGUAACCCUCUAGUCUAGAUAUGCAGUUGCUCCUUUUCCUCAACUAAAAUAUAUGAAUAUGUGCUACAGUUACACACUGGUAAGAAAAGUGUAAAAAUGAAGUAAAAAAAAAAAUACAAACUAAUUUUAAAAGAAAGAAAACCCUACUGUUUCAUAGAAUACACUUGUGCACAAUGUAUUUUUUUCAGGUUCCACCAAAAAGAAAAUCCAAAAGUUGUCAGGAAAAUCAAUACUAGUCUAUACCCAUUUUCAAAAAUGCUGAAAAUUUUAAAUACUAUUAGUAAUCACUCAAUGACAUAUUAAUUUACAACAUUCCUUGGGCCUUUUAAUAUAUAUAUAUAUUUUUAAAAGUUACCUCUAGUAACAACCCAAGUAUAAACAAAAGGGAGAGAAUCGCCGACCUGGUUACCCUCAAACUCUUAAAAUCAUACAAUAUGAUCACAAAAUCGUUCAAUACAUUAUUUUAAUAGUAAAAAAUAAACAUACAGUAUAUAUAAUUUAUACACUUAUACACCUAAAAAUUGUACAUUGUACGCAAAAAUCGAAAGAGUCAACAGAUCUGGAAUACUACACUUACAUUGAAACUAGCCAAACCAACAUUAGCCUAGAUACAGUAGUCAGUUGAAAUUGAACACUUUCCCACAUUGUACACAUCUCUUUAAUUUUAAUGUCAUUUAAAGUGAGGGUUGGACUGUUACAACCAGUACUUAGUCCUAGUUGACUUAGGGCAGUACGUAGUCCUAGGUGACUUAGGGCAGUACUUAGUCCUAGGUGACUUGGGGCAGUACGUAGUCCUAGGUGACUUGGGGCAGUACUUGGUCCUAGGUGACUUGGGGCAGUACGUGGUCCUAGGUGACUUGGGGUAGUACGUAGUCCUAGGUGACUUGGGGCAGUACGUAGUCCUAGGUGACUUGGGGCAGUACUUGGUCCUAGGUGACUUGGGGCAGUACGUAGUCCUAGGUGACUUGGGGCAGUACGUAGUCCUAGGUGACUUGGGGCAGUACGUAGUCCUAGGUGACUUGGGGCAGUACGUAGUCCUAGGUGACUUGAGUCAUUUAAAGUGAGGGUUGGACUGUUACAACCAGUACUUAGUCCUAGUUGUCUUAGGGCAGUACGUAGUCCUAGGUGACUUAGGGCAGUACUUAGUCCUAGGUGACUUGGGGCAGUACGUAGUCCUAGGUGACUUGGGGCAGUACGUGGUCCUAGGUGACUUGGGGCAGUACGUGGUCCUAGGUGACUUGGGGCAGUACGUAGUCCUAGGUGACUUGGGGCAGUACGUAGUCCUAGGUGACUUGGGGCAGUACUUGGUCCUAGGUGACUUGGGGCAGUACUUGGUCCUAGGUGACUUGGGGCAGUACUUGGUCCUAGGUGACUUGGGGCAGUACUUGGUCCUAGGUGACUUGGGGCAGUACGUAGUCCUCGAUGACUUUAGGCAGUACGUAGUCCUAGGUGACUUGGGGCAGUAUGUAAUCCUAGGUGACUUGUGGCAUUACCUAAUCCUAGGUGACUUUGGGCAGUACGUAGUCCUAGGUGAUUUAGGCUGAGUAAACACUGACACUUCACUGGUAAACAUAAAUAUUUAGCAUACUCACCCAGAUGUUGGCAAUGGACAUAUGAGUGAGUUAAUUGACCAUUGUCAUUUGAAGCAUUUGUAAUCAUGUGAUCCUGUAUUCUACUUGUUCUAAAAUAUAUCCCACAAUGUUGAAUCCUGAGGCCUUAACACAUAAAAAAACUGAAACUGAAUUCGGUACCCUGGAUUCUUCUGACUGCAGCCUGGAAUUUUUAUGUUAGCUCUUAUACUAGGUGCUGUGACUUAAAUAUUUUAAAAUUUUUAUUUACUGAGGUGGUGCAAAAUAGAUUGCAAACAUUGACAUUGACCUUUGGUUAAUGCUAACUUAGUAACCACUAACACUAAUUCCUAAUAGGAUUUUUAUCAUGAUGUUAGUUUUGCCGCUCAUAGAAUAUCAUACUCUCCUCAUCAUAUUAAUUAUGGGUAUGGCUAACUAUUUUAAAAUAGGAAGUGACUGAUGUUGGGCUUGCUUUCAAUGUUUUAAAUUCUUUAUAUGGGGAAUAAUUUUAAAACUUUCUUGUUUGCACUUCUAAUUUGAGCAUUAACUUACCCCAUUUCUGUUACAACAUUUUAAACUUUAGCGCAGCCCUUGCACUGGGUUUAUAAAGAUGACGUCAUGCUCAGCCUCACCAAAGACAAAGAUGAAAUUGAAUUCACAGUUCCUUCUGCUAACCCGUUUUAUAACAUUGAAACGGGUAGAAACACCUGCUAUGGUGAUCAAGCAUAUGUCAUGCUUAAAUCGAUUGUGGAAGCUGGAGGUUGGUUCAUAUAAGAGAAUUCGUUUUAUGAGUAUUAAGUAUAGUUUUUACUUUUUCACUGCACGUGAUAAGCUAAUUUGCCUGGUACAGUUAACAAAUUAGUUAUCGUAUUAUGUAAUUUCGGUGUAUGUAUAAAAAGUAUAAGUUUACUUUUGUCCAGAGGUGUAAUGAAGGGAGGUGGGGGGGGCAGAUGUCCCUUGGCGCCAGAUAGUUUGGGCGCCAAAAUGUGCUUUGAUAUUAUUUUAUUGAUGAAAAUAAUGGGUUUGACUAGUUUGAGAGUUGAAAAAAAAGGUGAGGGGGAGCUUUAAAAUGAACCUUGUCCCCGGUCGCAAAUCUUGUCCCCGGGUGCCAAACACUCUCGCUAUAUUUUUGCAUUUGUCUCAGUUUUCUUUUAUGACCCUGAUCUAGUGUUAAAAAAAUUCAGUAUAUUUACUAAACAAAUUAUUGAUCAUUUUAUAACCAGAUGUAGCCAUUUACAGCCAAAUAGUUUGUUACAGACCUCUAGUUAUUCCACUAAUUAUAAAGACAUUCAAUAUGGAUAUAAAAAUAUAUAUAUAAAGCUCUCUUGAAAGAUUUUAUUUGAAAACAAAUUAUUUUUUUACAUCACAUUUUCCUUAGAAGCAGGAUCUUCACUUAAAAAAAAUAUUCGGCUUAAUUUAAAAGUCAUCCAAUACUUUUGAGAUGUAAAUGUAGUUCAAAUUCUCAAAUGUUUAAUAGUUUUUAAAUUUUGUUUGUCAAUUUGUUUAUGUAUCUACACUAAGAUAUUUCAUUGUCCCUUAUAAUAUUUGGUUGUACCAGUAAUGUUGUUUUUUAUUGGUGGUGUUGUUAUAUUAUGGUAUAUUUAUUUAUUUAUUUAUUUAGGCAUUUUUAUAUAGCGCUUAUCAUAAAGCUCUAAGCGCUUUACAAUUAUUAAAACAUGUAAACUAAGUAAAUACAAAUGAGACACUAGGAUAGUAACUACUAUUCUAUAGAAACAAUGAAAAUGGCUAUAAAAAGAGGACACUUUGACACUUCAGGAUUAAACCGAAACAGAAAAUUAGGUAGGGCAAGGAGGGUGCAUCACAGGUCAUAGGCGGACCUAAACAGAUGAGUUUUAAGGGACUUUUUGAAAAUGGACGAGGUUUCACUAUGACGUAUAUGGAAGGGGAGCUGGUUCCAGAACGUGGGCCCAUGGAAGCAGAAGGAGCGUUCACCGAUGGUCUUAGUUUUAGUUCUUGGGAUUGAGAGGGUUCUACUGUCAAUGGAAGAACGUAUAUCAUUAAAUGCAUUAUUUUAAACUAAUAUAAUAAUAGAAACUUCACGUUACCGUGCCAUUUAAUGUUCUCUCAAAUAUUGUCAUUUUAACACCAAUGAUUGUUUGUUCUUCAGGGCUAAACAUUGAACAACUGACAAAAGCAACCUAUGAUUUUUUUGGACCAACCUCUGAGUAUGAAAGUAAGGUGACUAACAAUUAUCAGGUUGGAAAAGAAGACAAAAUAAGUAAGCGGUUGGUCGAAAUUAUUGUAUCAAAGUGAAUUAAGUUUUCAAUAUCAAUCACAAUUUUAUCAGCUUAGCCAUUAUUCGGAUAGCAGGAAUUUUUUCUUCUUUAUCCAACAAAUGAAUGAAUCUGAAUUUUGAAUGCAAAGAAUUAUCAUUUCAUACAAUCUUUGAAUAUUUGUGUUAUUUUAAAAUCUAUGAGCGUGUAACGGAACUGCCAAAUCUUAAAAUAAUUGUUUCAAUUUUAUUUUCAAAUCACUUGAAUGGAGAAUUAUAAAACUCCUAAAUAUGUUUGAAUAAAUUUUUAUAAUAAAUAAACUAACAAUAACUAUUAGUGUAAAAAUAGUGCAAGUGUCACUUAAUGCUUGAUAAUAUUAUCAUUCAGAUCUAAAGCAAUCGUACCCAAUUGAUGGUCCUUGGCGAAAUGGAUGUAUCAAAGAUUUUAUCAAGAAUCUUUUUGAUAAAAAGACGCCAACGGGUAUACAUUUAUGUUUUUUUUAUAUUUUGUUAUUAAUAUAAUGCGUUAUGAAAUAUUUCCAAUGAGAGUCGAGCAUGAUUUUUUUGUGUGUGGAGAAAUCUCUCCCCAUAACAAGAGCAAAAGAAUCAGUUGAUUUGUAACAUGGGUUGUCUACAUUUGUCUUUCAAAAAUCCCUCAGGCUCAGCCAAUGAUGAUCAAAUUGAUUGUGUUGUUAGACUAAUACCUAUUGUAGCCCUUUAUGCUGGACACCCCGACAUGCUCAACAAAGUGGAGGCUGGCCUGAGGGUGUUGCAAGAUUCAGAUUUAUCAGUGACUGCUGGCUUAGCAGCAGCAAGGUAAGCUUUGGUUUGUACAUUGAAAUGGAUCAGCUAUUUCUGACUGCUGGCUUAGCAGCAGCAAGGUAAGCUUUGGUUUGUACAUUGAAAUGUAUCAACUAUUUCUGACUGCUAAGCUCUUACACAGUUAUCAUAUAAGUAUAAGGAAAAUAGGGAUUUUUGAAUGAGAUAAAUUUGACUAAUUCUGAUCAAAUCAAACUUUAACUUUCAACUUUUCCCUAGGGUUCUAGAGCAGUAUAUUCUGGAAGGAGACCCUGGUGAUGUGUUAAAAACUGUAAUUGACCAACUAAGCGACCCAAAGCGGAACAAUCCCCAAGACCUUGAUGUUGCUAUCAUUGGGCAGCUUCGACAGGUUGUCAAAUACAAGGACACGCCCCAUGUACAGGCUGUGUCUGAGCACUUUAAAAAGAGCUGACGUAAGUGUUUAAACAAGUGUCAAGUUAUUGUCUGAUAGGAAAAUCCGCAAGUUCAUUGUUUAUUUUAGCUAUUAGGUGUCUAUUAUUUUGAAGCUUGACCGGUGGGUUAAAACUUACCAUAGUCUCCUCUCUAACUUGCUCUCUUACCAUUUACUUCUUUAGUUGGAGAAUAUGUUUAUUGAAAUUUGUUAAGCUCUGACCCAAUUUAUUAAAUCACAUACCAAAUAAAUUUUUAGAAAAAGCAUGUCUUUAUCGAAAGGAAUGAAUAAAAUUUAAAUGUUAUGAUAAAGUUAUAAUCAUAUCACCCUUUUAGUAUCAUCUUAUUAAUCCUUGUAUAUUUAGAAAUAGAAAGCGGACUAUAGGACUGAAAUCACCAAUGUUGGAAAAACGAUUGUCAUGCAUUUUUUAUAUUAUUUUAAAUACCCGGUACUACAAAAUAUUUUAAUUAAAACGAACAUUAAAAUAAAUCUCGUCCGAUGACUUUGAGAUCAUUUCCAUUUGAUUGCUUAGACUUGCCGGAGUCCUUCCAAUCAACUCUGCAUGGUCUGAUCACCGCUGUGACCUACGUUGAAGGCAUUCGCUCCACCAUGAGAGCUGGAGGUUGCAAUGCUUCUCGCAGUGGAUUCAUCGGUGCAUGUACUGCAGCAAAGGUUCGGUGGUGA